AGCCCGACUCGGGAGGUGGAGCUUCACCCGGGGGCGGGGCUUCUCCGGAGGUGGGACUCCGGCCUCCGUGGCGGGUGGCAAGCGGUCCCGUUAAGUCUGAGGAGGGGAUGGCGGCACGCGCGUUGAAGCUGCUGACCUCACUGCUGGCUGUCGCCGCCGCUUCCUCCGGGGCCGAGGUCGAGUCCGAGGCCGAAUGGGACAUGGUGGCUCCUGAUCUGCUCUUCGCCGAGGGGACCGCGGCCUACGCGCGCGGGGACUGGGCCGGGGUGGUCCUUAGCAUGGAGCGGGCGCUGCGCUCCCGGGCCGCCCUGCGCGCCCUUCGCCUGCGCUGCCGCACCCACUGCGCUGCCGACCUCCCGUGGGAGCUGGACUCCGGCGCGCCCCCGAGCCUGACCCAGGCCUCGGGCGCCGCCGCCUUGCACGACCUGCGCUUCUUCGGGGGCCUGCUGCGCCGCGCCGCCUGCCUGCGCCGUUGCCUCGGGCAGCCGGCCGCCCCCUCGCUCAGCGAAGACGUGGAGCUGGAGUUUCGCAAGCGAAGCCCGUACAACUAUCUGCAGGUCGCCUACUUCAAGAUAAACAAGUUGGAGAAAGCUGUGGCAGCAGCACACACCUUCUUCGUGGGCAAUCCUGAGCACAUGGAGAUGCGGCAGAACCUGGACUAUUACCAAACCAUGUCCGGAGUGAAGGAGGCCGACUUCAAGGAUCUUGAGGCCAAACCCCACAUGCAUGAGUUUCGACUGGGAGUGAGACUCUACUCAGAGGAACAGCCGCAGGAAGCUGUGCCCCACCUAGAGGCAGCGCUGCGAGAGUACUUCGUGGCUGAUGACGAGUGCCGUGCCCUCUGUGAAGGGCCCUAUGACUAUGAUGGCUACAACUACCUCGAGUACAACGCUGACCUCUUCCAGGCCAUCACAGAUCAUUAUGUCCAGGUCCUCAGCUGUAAGCAGAACUGUGUCACCGAGCUUGCUUCACACCCAAGUCGAGAGAAGCCCUUUGAAGACUUCCUCCCAUCCCAUUAUAACUAUCUGCAGUUUGCCUACUAUAACUUUGGAAAUUAUACACAGGCUAUCGAAUGUGCCAAGACCUAUCUCCUCUUCUUCCCUGACGAUGAGGUGAUGAACCAGAAUCUGGCCUACUAUGCAGCUGUGCUUGGAGAAGAACAGGCUAAAUCCAUCAGCCCCCGCAAGACUGCCCAGGAGUACCGACAGCGAAGCCUGCUGGAGAAAGAACUGCUUUUCUUCGCUUAUGAUGUUUUUGGAAUUCCCUUUGUGGAUCCGGAUUUGUGGACUCCAGAAGAGGUGAUUCCCAAGAGAUUGCAAGAGAAACAGAAGUCAGAACGGGAAACAGCCGUUCGAAUCUCCCAGGAGAUCGGGAACCUUAUGAAGGAGAUUGAGACCCUUGUAGAAGAGAAGACCAAGGAGUCAUUGGAUGUGAGCAGACUGACUCGAGAAGGUGGCCCCCUGCUAUAUGAAGGCAUCAGUCUCACCAUGAACUCCAAGCUCCUGAAUGGUUCCCAGCGGGUGGUGAUGGAUGGAGUCAUCUCUGCCAAUGAGUGCCGUGAGCUACAGCGACUGACCAACGUGGCAGCAACCUCAGGAGAUGGCUACCGGGGUCAGACCUCCCCACACACCCCCAGUGAAAAAUUCUAUGGCGUCACCGUCUUCAAAGCCCUCAAGCUGGGGCAAGAAGGGAAAGUUCCUCUGCCGAGUGCCCACCUGUACUACAACGUGACCGAGAAGGUGCGGCGUGUCAUGGAGUCCUACUUCCGCCUGGACACCCCUCUCUACUUCUCCUACUCCCACCUGGUGUGCCGCACUGCAGUCGAAGAGGCCCAGGCGGAGAGAAAGGACAGUAGCCACCCAGUACACGUGGACAACUGCAUCCUAAAUGCUGAGACCCUGGUGUGCGUCAAGGAGCCGCCCGCCUACACCUUCCGGGACUACAGUGCCAUCCUUUACCUGAAUGGGGACUUCGAUGGAGGAAACUUCUAUUUCACUGAACUAGACGCCAAGACCGUGACAGCAGAAGUGCAGCCCCAGUGUGGAAGAGCCGUGGGAUUCUCUUCGGGCACUGAAAACCCUCAUGGAGUGAAGGCUGUCACCAGGGGGCAACGCUGUGCCAUCGCCCUGUGGUUCACCCUGGACCCUCGACACAGCGAGCGGGUGAGAGCAGCUGGUGUUGCUGUGACUUGUUCCUGGAAGGUCCUGGUUUUGCCUCUUCCUUCCCCAAAUCCUGUUGCCAGUGGCUGGGACACAAAAGGAACACUGGGCUUGGGAUGUCUAGCUCCAGCGCCGUGUCACCAUGGUCACCUUGCUUCGUCUUCCCUCAGCCUGCUUCCUUACCUGUGAAUGGGGCUUCAGGUGGGAGGGUUAGGACCAAGACAGGGAGCGUUGCUGAGUUCUUGGUUCCCUCCUUGGGCCCCACGUCAGCUGUUGUCCAGAGAGUAGGACUUGCUGGGAAGAUGAGCAUGGAGCCAUUAAGGAAGUGCCUUCCUUAUCCUUUGGGAAGUAGCAGCUGAGAGAUGGUAGGUACCUGUUCCAGGGCCUCUCUGAAUAGGCAGGGGUUUGUCCUUGCAGGACCGGGUGCAGGCAGACGACUUGGUGAAGAUGCUCUUCAGCCCUGAAGAGGUGGACCUGCCCCAGGAGCAGCCCUCAGAUGCCCAGCAGGGCCCUCCUCAACCCGUGGAAGAGUCUCUCUCAGGCAGUGAGUCAAGUCCCAAGGAUGAGCUAUGACAGUGUCCAUGCCACAGGUGGACGGAUACUAGACCCACAGAGAGGAACUCUGUCCUGGCACCCUGGUCUAGGCAGCCCCUCGGGGCCAUGGAACCAUGGUCCUGUGUCUGCUGCUCAGCUGAAGAAACCCUUCUCACAGCCUUCUGCACGGUGCUACUGCUCUUGGAGUGGACAUGACAGGAUGCUGCCCCCCUCUGAACCUGGCGAGGUCCCAGGACCCAGCCCAGAGCCACCCCAGCGGCCUGCACAGGCAGCCACGUGACAGCAAUACAGUAUUUAAGUGUCUGCAGACAACCAAAGAAUAAAUGAUUCGUGUUUUUUACUUGGUGAUUUGUUCAGAGAGUAGAAAUAUGCCCAUUCUGCCCCAGAGGCCUCACUUGAUGUAAAUUAUUCGAGGCAGGAUACAGCGGCAGGUGUGGUGUGAGAAGGCCUGGCUCACAACCCAGCUCGGCCACUUGCUGUGCAGCCUCAGGCCAGACACUUGACCUCAGGGACCUCAGGGCUGUCACCUGUGUAAUGGGGAUCAUGGUCCUCCCUCUGCCCACCUUCUGGGGCAGUUGUACAGCCCAGAUGCAAUAUCGGAUGUGACAGCACUUUGCAAAUUGCAAAGCUCUGGAUGAAUGGUUGGGAUUAUGGCUAAUCCUCUUCUGGCAGGGAGCAGUGGUCAGCAGUGCUCUGGCACAUUGCCCCCAUGUCAGCCACAUGCUUCCUGCUCUGCCGUCUGGCCUCUGAGUCCCAUACUUCAGGGCCUCGUGUGCAGAACGGCACACCUCUAGGAGACGGCGUGGAACUGGAGGUUCAGCUCCUCCGCCAUGUCCCUGGUACCAAGCCCAGCGCCCUUCCUGUGCUUGAGUGCCGCAGGGCAGUGAGUGUGGGAACCUGUACCUUUGAUGUUCAUUUGUUGCAUCAACUAGUAUUUACUGAGCACCAACGAAGUGCCUGGUGCUAGGUAGUGAACAAAACAAGCCCCCACCCUCAUACAGCUUGUAUUUUGUAGGAGAGACAGAUAAUAAACACAUAAAUAU